AUGAAAAAAGAUCCUCUAUUAGAUCUGAAGGAAGAGGAAUGGAGUUAUGUAGCUCACAACAUGCUGGAUACCUAUUCUUUCUGUCAUAUCAUUUCGUACAUGCCCUAUUUCUAUCAAUCAAAAUAUAAAAGAUUAAACAAGUUUACUUUGAAAUGGGUCGAAUAUCAACAGAAAUAUACCAUUGUUCAGAGAAUAAUCAAGAAAGUUAGACCUCAUUACUAUGAAAACUUUGAAAGCAACAACUUGGUGAAUGAACAAAGUGUGUUAAUUGAUCUUGAUGAUUUGAAAUUUGUAGAAAAACAAGAUUUUGAGAAAUUGGAAUUUAAGAAUUAUUUGGAAGAUCCCGAAAUGUUAGAGAAAAUGAUCAAACAGUUAUAUUAUUUGGAUGAUUAUAGAUGGUUAUUGUAUUGGAAUAAUGUUGGAGAUAAAUUUUUCGAUCAAGAAACAGUUUAUGAUCCUAAAAUGCUGUUUGAUAGGAAAUAUUCAGAGAAUUAUGAAUUGGAAGGAACUCAAUCGUUGGUUUCGAGAAAGUUCUUGAACAAUUUUUCAAUGUGUUUCACAAUUAUUGGACUGAAAGAUAUGAAAACCCCACUUAAACAUUAUUUAAAGCGAUUGAAUAGUAUUGGAGUGGUUGCAGCUGAGUUUCUAUUUUGUGAUUAUAAAUUAUUGAAUGAAUAUAAUCCAAAAAGAUUUUAUGACAUGGCUACACCCUAUUUCACAAAUUGUUUUUUGAGCCUUACAAAGUAUCCUCCUACUGGCAAUGAACAUGAAAGCGCAAAAAGCUCAAAAGUUACCAACUUUAUCCCAGCAAAGUCCAACAUCAAGUCCAUAAAGAGAGCUAGAAAGUAUCUGAUAGAGUGUGCAAAUGUUCAUGGUGUACAUGCCUCACUAAUACCAAGAGGUGAACUAUUUACAUACUCUUUAUUCGAUAAGGAAACUAAAACCAAGUUGAAUUGGGAGCAAGUCAAAUCUAUUUAUGAGAAUUCAAUUCUAUCUAUUUCUGAAAAGUUUACAAAUCCUGCCCUCAAGAAGGAAAUGGAUAUUACUCAAUAUCUAUUCGAACCAAUUUUGGAUAAAGCAAGAAAGACCUAUCUUUCAGAAAAGAGUGAAAAUGGAUUUUUGAAAUCACUAAAUCAAUUCCAACUUGAUCCAGAAGUAAAGGAAAAUAAGGAUCGUUUAGAAUAUAUUCUGAAAUUGGUUGAUGAUGAUUGUUUCCAAAGAUUGUGCAAUAGGUCUAAAUCUCUUCCACAAAUGGUUAAAUCCCUUGAUUUUGAAACCAAAACCAAAUUCCAAAAAUUCCAUCUCCACACAACUCUCCAAAUCAAAAAGUUCAAAUUGGAAAGCUUUAAACUAUACAGUUGGGAAAUUGACUUUUUAAAUUCAUCACUCACAUUCACACCAUCCAAAAAAGAAUCAAUUAUUGUAGACCCUCCAAAGAAUCAAUCAAGCACUCAAAAGAAAAAGAAAUAUACCAAAAUUGUGGUAGAAGAUAAAGAAUUUCAAUAA